AACAUCUGCCACCAUCUUCCUUCCGAAAGCAUCAAGGACUUCCGCUUGGUUUGCAAGGCCUUCUACAUCGUUGGCAAUGACUAUCUCGAUGCACGAGCUUAUGUCUGUUUCAAACGAACCUCGUUUGAAGAACUUGCACAGCUCUCAAACUCCCAUCUUCGCAAAUGUGUCAGGUCACUCCGAUUUGAUGCAAAUCCCUUCGAAACAAAAUAUUUGACCUCUGGCGCACUCUCGCGCAAUCAUUCUAUGCUUCUAACUCCGUUAACCAAGCUGCGUUCGAGCGUUUCGAAUAUUACUGUCUGGACCAGGAAAUCAUCUUGCAGAAAAAGCUGCACAUCGAUACCUUCGUCAGCUUACUCAAAGGCUGUCCCAAGUUGGAUACUGUUGAGAUCUGGUCUGGCCGCGUGAAGCCUCACAUGAUGAUGAUGAAGGCACGACGCCUGUUUGCCGAUGCAAAAUUCUCGCCCGCAGAUGCUAACGAGAGCUUUGACAGUAGUGUUAAGGGCCUCAUCGCCGUGUUCAGAGCAUUUGAACGGAGCGGUGUAUGCCUCAGACGAAUCGUCGCUGGGCGCUUGUCGCAUGACAUCUUCCAUCUCAACCACCACGAUACCAUCUUGGUCAAAGCUGGGCUUACGAAGGUUCAUUCUCUUGCGUUGAACAUCGACGAGCUCCUUCCUCCAGAGGUGAUCCUAGCCCAGGCCCUCGGGAGUAGAACAGCAGAGACUUCAGAAAGCCUUUCUGAUGGUGCGCUAUCCGAGAUGCUGCGCGCCGCACCGAGUAUGCGCGGUUUGAGCAUCCGCAUGAGUAAUCUACGCUACAAUCACGCCGUGGGACCCCUAGAUGUCAAUCAUAUCUUUGGAAAGCAGGUGUUCAAACAUCUUCGCUAUCUGAAUCUGGAGAGAGUCGCGGCCGACUCGAGUAAUCUAGAGCGGGUAUUGGUUGACCAUGGAGACACUCUGAUAGGUAUUCGCCUUACCGACUUCACUAUGAGAAAUCAUGAUAGCUGGACGCGUUUCUUCGCUGCUAUGUCACAAAAACUGCCGAACAUCCGGAAGUUCAUGCUAUAUGGUAGGUGGACUGGUAAGCAUACGGAGCAUUGGGAUUCCAGCAAGACACUUGAUGGAAGAUCCACCAUGGAGACACACGCCAUGAGUAACUUCCUGCGCAAGGGCGGAACACUGCCUACGACACUCGCUGAGUUUCGUCAGCAUGUCCCCAAUCCUCACGUAUUCAUACAUGCCAGAAACCUACACUUCAGUCGUCGCAGACGCGGCAGAGACUACAUCGACGCUUCCAACGAAGGAUAUAUCGAGGAGCCCAAGACUGACAGUGACUCCUCCUCUGGCGACGAAGACGAGGAUCUCAAAUUCUGGAAGGAGCACUUGUGAGAAGCAAACGGCUUCUCGUUUGACUGCGUGACAUCACUUUCUCGCUCGAAGGAAGGAGCUACUACCUCAACUUUGGACGCUCAUCCCGAACUCAGUCAAACUUCUCACUUGGUGCUUCGUCGACGACUCAUCGUACAGGGACCCUCGCUUUCAUCAUCCCUUACUUGCUUCGGAUCGGAU